UGAUGACUCGUUCAGUCAUUUGUUUAUGUAAUGUGUUGUAAAUGUGUUGUCAUUUGAUUGAAGUGUGAAUUGAAUACAAAACCCGAUUAAAAGCUAAGUUAAGGCCCAAAACAAGAAUGGCUUACAAUUCAGGCGCGACUCAUAGGUCGCGAAACCCAAACGCAAACCCAAACCCGAACCACAACCAGAACCCGAAUCAAGACAACUAUCCGUACGGCUCUUACGAUGGCUUUGACGCGAAUUCACAACAAUUUUCGGGUCCUUUCUAUACCCCUUCGUCGCCGUACGACCCGUCGGGCCCUCAACUCUUUGAGGACACCAGCGCUCAACACUUCAAUCAGCAAAACACUUACGACCCGUAUAUGAAUAGCGGCAACACUUUUAUGCCGCAAAUGUAUGGCCAGAACCCGUCCAACGCUCCCAAUCUCUUCAAUCAACAGUUGCUUUUGACGGCCGGACAACAGCUGUUGGCGAACCCGAUGGCCGCCGCAGCCAUUGACCAAUACGGACAGAAUCUGGUCAAUAAAGGCAAGAGUUGGGUCGGCAGUAAUGUCAAAUACUAUUUCGCUGUCGACACGAGUUAUGUGUUUAAAAAGUUAUUGCUUUUAUUCUUCCCCUUCACUCAUAAGGAUUGGUCGACUCAUUAUAAUCCGAACGAAGCGAUUGCGCCGAGAGAUGACCUCAACUCUCCGGACCUCUACAUCCCGACGAUGGCAUUCGUCACAUAUAUUCUCGUUUCGGGAUAUAUAUUAGGAAUUCAGAACCGAUUCUCUCCGGAACUGUUGGGCAUUCAGGCGUCCACUGCUAUGGCGUGGCUUAUCAUUGAAGUGAUAAUCGUCUUAUUGUCACUUUAUUUGUCGAGUAUCUCCUGUUCUCUCGGAUUCUUUCACGCAAUAGCUUUCGGUGGAUAUAAAUACGUUUGUAUUGUGGCCCUACUGUUGGUGUCGAUGCCUUUCGACAAAAUUGGUUAUUAUGUGAUGUUUGCGUAUUGCUCUCUAUCUCUCGGCUUCUUCUUGUUGAGAAGUCUUCACAUCGCAAUGCAAGCCAACACUCAAACUGGUGUUCCCAACGAUUCUAGAAAUGGUUUAUAUCUGGCAAUGAUUUUGUGUUUACUUCAGCCGAUUGUUAUGUAUUUUCUUACGAAAAAUUUUGUCUUCGCUUAGAAUAUGCCAUAAAAUACAAUAUUAAAUUAUUUUUACCUUUUAGUUUUUGUAUACAUUGAAAGCCAAUUCAUUCUAUAUAUGUUUACAUGAAAUAAAAUGAAUGCAAUAUAUUUGUAAAACAAUUAACUCUAAAAUAAAAGUUAAUAAUCAAUUUUGUUG